UACCAAAGUCAGAAACCCUGAUAAUCCUACCUCUAACUCUCAACCAGAAAUUCUAGAAUAUAUCAAAAACUUCUAUGAAUCUUUGUACAAAGCUGAACCUAUUGAUACCGAAGCAGCAGAAGAGUUACUUAGAAAUGCUCCUUUCAUCUCACAAGACCAGAAU